UUAUAGUUUAUGUAUGAAUAUGCAAUAUCAAAACAGUAGACUAAAGACGGCAUGUGAUAAACACAUAAAAAUAUUGAAAUAAUCACAUUAAAUGUGUAGGAAUAAUGAGAAUGGCAUACAACAAGAACAAAAAAUAUCAAAGCUCGUGUAUACGAGCAGAAACAAAAUUUGUUUGACCGAAGAUUUAAAUAAUAAAUCAAUCGACACAAAUCGUGCAUAAAGGCGUUGUCAAUAUAAUAGACAUUUAUAUAUUAUUAGUUACGUUCAUUCCUGAAGUGGAUUUUCAAAUUUUUUAAUCUUAAUUUUUAUGUAUAAUCUUAUGCAAAUAUUUUUUUCUUGAUUAUAUAUAAUGUAUUCAAGUAUCAAUGUGGAUGAAAGAAAAGAAAGAAUGUAUAUUCAUAUUGCCAAUAGUUUUAUCAGCUGAUUGUCAUUUAAAAACAAUAUGUGAAGGAUGUGUCAAGAGAAAUUUUAAAUUAUACCAUCCAUAUAAUUUCUGUAGUAUUGAGUAUUACAGUCUUAUUUAUAUUUUAUAAACUUUCAAUUAGAGAUAGAAACAGAAAAAAAAACAUCAACAAAUCCUUUGAAAGAAUGGGAAUAAAAGUAGUUGCUGCGUUUAUGCUAGUCCUCAAGUUGGACGUAAAGAAUUAGGAUCUGAAGGUGUUACACGAGGUCUUGAGGAACAUCUACCUGAAGGUGGAAUUAGUGUUAAUAAUUUACAACAUAUUAGUGAACGUGAACCAGAAGACUGGGAUUCAGAUCCAUCAUUACAUCCUUGUGCUGGUACUAUUUUUAUGGAACGAUCUAAACAAGCUAUUGAAAAUGGUAUGGUAAGAAAAAAAAGUCAACAUCAAAUUGCAGAUAUAAGGCCUUUAAAAAAAAGUAGCAGCUGCAGUACAAUAUAUUUAGAUGAUAGUACUGUUUCACAACCAAAUCUGAAGAAUACUGUGAAAUGUGUUGCCUUAGCAGUUUAUUAUCAUAUUAAAAAUAGAACCUCACAGCGUCAAAUAGAUAUAUUUGAUGAAAAACUUCAUCCUUUAACGAGAGAAGGUGUUACAGAGGAUUAUGAUAAACAGAAUCCAGAACAUAAACAAAUUUAUAAAUUUGUCAGAACAUUAUUUAAUGCUGCUCAACUUACUGCUGAAUGUGCCAUUAUAACAUUAGUUUAUUUAGAACGCCUGCUUACUUAUGCAGAAAUAGAUAUAACACCAGCAAAUUGGAAACGGAUAGUACUUGGAGCAAUUUUAUUAGCAUCAAAGGUGUGGGAUGAUCAAGCUGUAUGGAAUGUAGAUUAUUGCCAAAUUCUUAAAGAUAUUACAGUAGAAGAUAUGAAUGAAUUAGAAAGACAGUUUUUGGAAAUGCUACAAUUCAAUAUAAACGUUCCUUCAAGUGUAUAUGCUAAAUAUUAUUUUGACCUUCGCACACUUGCAGAAGCAAAUGAAUUAACAUUCCCUAGUGAACCACUUAGUAAAGAGAAAGCUCAGAAAUUGGAAGCUAUGUCCAGAGUUUAUGAAGAUAAAGUUACUGCUGAAGCUUUACGUACUGGUAUUAAAAGAUGGUCAAGUUUAGAUAACAUAUGCUUAGGCGGACCUAGACGUAGUAUUGCCAUUCUAUCCUAAAUUUUAGAUAUAAGUAAUUAUAUUACUUAUAUCUAUACUUUUUCAAUCAAG